AUGACUGAGCUUAAUCGCGGCCGGGCGGCCCCCACCACCUCCGAGAUCGAACAACCCCAACACCAAACGGGACCUUCUUUUUCUCCUCUCGCCACCAACACACGACCCAUCACCAAACCCUGGGCAACCCCUUCAGUCAUGGAGAAAUACAGCCAAUAUCGCGAUCGGGCCACGGGCAUCGCACCCUUCCUCCCCGUCACGACGACCCUCUCCGCCGUCAGCGCCGCCUACCACGCGCUCAUCUUCGCGCUCCGCCUCCCGUUCUUCCUCUUCUUCGCCGCCGGCUACUUUGGCCUGUUCCAGCACCUGCCGCUGCCCGUCAUCGCGCGCAAGGUGGCCCUCUGGUGCCUGCUGGGCAUCCCCGGCAUCUGGUGGGUGGACUUGCAGCUCGACGGCGUCAAGCGCGGCACGCUCGCCGACCAGCCGCGGCGCCGCUUCCCGCACGGCGGCGCCGUCAUCGCCGCCAACUGGACGAGCCCCGUCGACGUCGUCUACCUCGCCGCCGUCUUUGACCCCGUCUUCACCCUCGCCUACCCGGGCACCCGCCGCGUCCGCCGCGUCGGGCUCUUCGCCGCUGUCCUGGCCGCCCUCGCGCUCCCCGCCGACCUCGCCGCCCCCCCCGACCGCGACCUCGUCGAGCUCCGCGACCUGCUGCGGCAGUACCCCGACCGCCCCAUCGCCGUCUUCCCCGAGUGCACCACGACAAACGGCAAGGCCAUCCUGCCGCUCAGCCCCAGCCUGCUCGCCUGCCCGCCCGACGUGCUCGUCUUCCCCGUCAGCCUGCGCUACACCCCGGCUGACGUCACCACCCCCGUGCCCGGACGCUGGGCCGCGUUUCUGUGGAAUUUGCUCUCGCGCCCGACGACGUGCAUCCGCGUGCGCAUCGCCGAGGGCCAGUCCAACACGUCGGCGGCGAGUACCAACGGCGCGUCUGCGAAUGCCGAGCUGCGCUUGCGUGCUGGCGACGCGGCCGACGUGAGCGCCGAGGAGCAGCGUGUGCUUGACACCAUUGCCGAGGCGCUGGCACGUCUGGGCAGAGUCAAGCGCGUUGGGCUCACCGUGGAGGACAAGUCGGCGUUUGUCAAGGCGCUCCAUCGCAAGCGAUCGUGA